AUGACGGAUCACUUCGUGCCUUAUACACCGGAUGACAUCUCCAUGGAGUAUCACCAAUUGCUGGGCAGCUUCCUACCCCAAGGAGAGAGCGAUAAAGGCCCUACGUUAUGUGCGGCCGAAAGUAAGGACCCUUCAGCCUGGUUGACCAUCUUGCAGAGAUCAUUGGGCCUGUCGAAGCGGGACCAGUCCGAUUUUGUCCUCGACUUUGCAUAUGGAGAAGAUAUGGCAUCGCAGAUGUGGGACACACCUUUGCUGCGAGCCAUCGUGUCCAAAAACAUGGAGAAUGUCCAUCUCCUCCUUGAGCAUGGAGCGAAUCCCAAUGGUGUGGAUUGUGAUUCUCAGGCUUCCUACGCAAGACGUUUUAGACGAGUUAAGUCGGCGACAGUAGACGUGCGCGAUCGAAUUGUUCAAAUAUCACAAGAGGACGUAGGUGACUCUACUACACAACUUCUUACAUUGUCGAACGAUGAGCUCGCUAGGAGAACUUCCACCAUCUCACCUUUCUGGGCGUUUCCAGACGCACUGCCUUUGGGCUACUCCGAGAAUGGUGAUCUACUACAUUCAGUGCUCAUGGCAGCACGGACGACGACUGAGAUCCUCGAGGUGAUACUUCGCGCAGGCGCCGACGGGAGUGCAUGGACGACUAGCCAGCCUGAUGAGCUCCCGAGCGAAGACCUUCUGAGACCUUCAGCACUCUGUGUCUCGACUCCCUUGCAUGCUGCUAUCGACUCAGGAAAUGCACUGGUUCUCGAUGCUCUUCCGGAUCGAGGCUUCAACUCCAAUGCAAGAGCUCUGAUUGCCGGAUGUCAAGCACUGACUCCUUUGCAGCACGCCGUUGUACAUGACAAGCCUGAGCUGUAUCAAAGACUUGCUGUGCAUCCACUGGCAGAUUCAAGCAUUGUCACCCCAGUCCUCAAGGUCCACGUGUUGCACUUCGCAAUCGCUCAACUUGAUCUUAACCUAAUCGAUGUUAUAGGUCUGCCACUCUCUGCCGCUAUGCCCACAGCACUUGGACACACUCUUCUGCAUGUAGCCUGCAUGCCUCGAGACGAGUCCCAACUCCAGAUGUUCGCGCCAAAGGUGCGUCAGUCUGUCCACGAUAUGAGAACGCUACACGUCCAGCAGCAAAGUUGGCCAGCAGCGAUAUAUCAAUUGGCACUUCCGCGCGCUGGUCAGACAGAACUACCAGCUGAAGAUGGCCCUGCAGACUACCCUACACGUUUGCCUCGAAUGAACUGGUUACCACUGGAAGAACGAGUCGAAAGAUCUGAGACCGACCGACUUCUUGGCAUGCCAGCCGUGGACGACUUCAAUCGCCAGCUCGCGGUUAUACAGACGCUGGUGAUGGAGCCUGGCCCUGCAGAGACCCUCAAGAUAGACAUUUACGGCAACACGGCCUUGCAUUACUUGGCAUCAUCCCGCAUAGUGAAUGACGAUGCUGUAGCAUGGCUCAGAAAGCAGGAGCACGGCGAUCAAGUCUGGCGAACAGCAGCCAAUCGCUGGGGAUGGACUCCGAGCGACGUAUGGAAAGACAAUGUCACAACCAUCGAACCAGCGCAGGAAAGCCUCAGGUAUGUCAAUACGAGAGGCGGACGGUCUCGGAGAGGCAUUGCAGGUACACUCACCCGCGGCAGGCGGUGA